CAUUGCCUCUAUCCUAGUUGAGGGGUGCGUGACUCCAGUACAAGAUAACAGUGCUGGUUGUUCAGCGCCUUCUUCGUGGGUCGUGUGAGCGAUGAUCGCCAGGGAUUUUCCGAGCAUUUUGGACACCACAUUUUCGGUACCAUUGUUGAGCGCCGCGAUAGGGUCGGCAUCCACAUCCCGGUUGAGGUGAUGUGAUGGCUUGAAUGAAAGCUGGGAGCCGUGGCGUGACUGUGGUAGUUGUUGCGGCUGCCGACAAGACGUUUGGGAGACGAUGUGGGGUGUUGUCCCAAAUUUGGAAUUUGGGACAACCCCUGUUGGGGUCGCCGUGCCCCCUUGCGAGGGUGUAUCUCGGCAACCACGUGCCGGUCGAGGCGAUGUGAUGGCUUGAAUGAAAGCUGGGAGCCGUGGCAUGACUGCGGUAGUUGUUGCGGCUGCCGGCGAGACGCUUGGGAGACGAUGUGGGGUGUUGUCCCAAAUUUGGAAUUUGGGACAACCCCUGUUGGGGUCGCCGUGCCCCCUUGCGAGGGUGUAUCUCGGCAACCACGUGCCGGUCGAGGCGAUGUGAUGGCUUGAAUGAAAGCUGGGAGCCGUGGCAUGACUGCGGUAGUUGUUGCGGCUGCCGGCGAGACGCUUGGGAGACGAUGUGGGGUGUUGUCCCAAAUUUGGAAUUUGGGACAACCCCUGUUGGGGUCGCCGUGCCCCCUUGCGAGGGUGUAUCUCGGCAACCACAUGUCGGUCGAGGCUAUGUAAGGGCUUGAAUGAAAGCUGGGAGCCGGUCAACUUCAUCUCAGGCCCUUUCCCAUCUUGGCGGGGCGUGGGCAUCGAUGUAAUGACGCGGAUAUGUACAGGACACCUCCCAAUAAUCCUGCGGUGCCCCUUGGGAGGGCAUAUCGCCGCAUAUACAGGUCGGGUUGUUGGUUCGGUCCCCCCGCACGCUGUGUGUUCUUCCUGCCCUAAUCAUUUCGAAAUAGAGGAAAGUUGUCUGCCGAUGUAUCGCUUGAUUAAACCGCUUUCAUAACCCGGCACGUUAUGCCCGCCCGGCCUGUAACCCCCCCACGUUAUCCCAUAUAAUAACCCCUCGUUGGCCGGAGGUUACACAACGCUCCUCCCGUACAACCGUGCCCACUGGCCACCUGUGCAAGCACACACGAGCACCAGAUCGUUUGCACACACUGAUUAGAAAAGGGCAUGCCUCGACAUAGAGUAGAUGUCCCUAUUGAAGCCCCAGAGCCAGUUAAGCCCCACAUUUUUCGUAACCGUCAUAACUUUCCGCCACAUACAUGGAACUCCAUUUGUUUUUUUAUAUUUUUCUUAAUAUGACACAACGAGUCCAUCUCUAUCAUAGAAAAGAGUCAGAAAUAGAUUAACAAUGGAAUCAUAGCGUCAGAGAAAACUACCUGUGUGUCUACGAUUUCCCAGACAGCAUAUAGGGACAUCUCCCCUGUGGGUAACAGGCUCAACAAAUCAGUUUGGUAGCUGUCUUGUGUGUCUCAUAUAUGUUAUGUUGGGAAGGUGCAGACGAAAGGUGUUGGGUACUGUUGGGUAGUCGGGCGUUUUGUGUGUCGCACCCUAUUAGUUCUAACACAUGCAAUCUCCAUCAGUUUACAAACAUAUUCUCAGUUUGGUAUGCAUAUGUGCGGAGUAUGUGCGGCUGAUGUGCCAUCUCUAUCAUAGAAA